CCUGGCUGAGCCUAGGACAGUGUAUGUGAUGCGUUUUGUUUCAGGGUGCAUACUUUGCUUUUCAUUCGCAUUAAACAAUACAAAUGAAUUUGUUAAGUUGUUCUUGUUCUUCAACUCCAGUACUCAUUUCCUCAUCGAAACAAAAACAUCUAGUAAAAUAUUCUCUAUCAACAAAACCCACUGCUAGCUUGCCUUCAAUCAACACCCAAACCAACAAUUUCUUUGCUUCUUAUGCUAAAUCCAAAACCCUUGAUCAAACCCUUCAACUGUUUCAACUUCUUCCAACUCAAGACACAACUACAUGGAACACUCUGUUAUCAGCUUGUUUAAACCAAUCUCAAUUCACCACUACCAUUAAUCUCUUCUUCCAAAUGAUCACCUCAGGUGCCUCUUUAGUACCUGAUAUUCUCACUUUCAGAUGGGUUCUUAGAGCUUGCUCUGAAACUAAAAGCUACUCGCUAGCUUUUCAAAUUCAUGCAUAUAUGACAAAAUUAUAUGGACCAUGUUCUCCUGAUUUGGUAACCAAUACUUGCUUGAUCAAUAUAUAUAGUGAAUUCGGAUCGACUAAAUCUGCUCGUCAGUUGUUUGAUUUAAUUACCGAUAGAGAUGUUGUUGCUUUUACCUCCAUGAUGGUAGGUUAUAACAAUGCAGAUGAGUAUGCAGAGACAGUGGGGAUAUUCAAAUCCAUGGAUGGGAUUUAUGGAUUAACGCCCAAUGGGUUCAUUUUCACUUGUAUAUUAACUGCUUUGGCGAGUUUGUCGUCUUUGGUUGAGGGGAAACAAAUCCAUGCUUACAUCAUAAAAACAUCAUUUCAAUCCGAUGUGUUCGUUGGGACUGCACUAAUCAAAAUGUACAAUAAAUGUGACAGAAUGGACUAUGCGGAGAAAGCUUUCUUAGAGAUAGAAAUGCCGAAUGUGGUGUCUUGGAAUGCUUUGAUGGGUGGAAGUUUUACUGGUGGAAAGGUUUUGCAAUUCUUUAGUAGAAUGAGAGGGUCAGGUUUGAGACCUGAUCAUGUAACCUUGGCCCAUGUUCUUCAAAAUAUCAAAGAUGUUGAUCUGUUUUCGGCUCAGCAAAUUCAUAGUAUGAUCAUAAAGAUGAUAGGUGAAGAAGUGGAUGUGUAUAUAGGCGGUGCUCUUGUUGAAAUAUAUACACAAUAUGGUUUUAUCAGAGAGUCUCAGAGAGUCUUUAAUAGCAUCCGCGGGAAAGAUAUUACAGCUUUUAAUUUGGCAAUUCAAGGAUAUAUUCGAGAGGGGCAUACGGCUGAGGCAUUUAAAUUGUUUUAUGCAGCUCUGCAGAUGAGUAUGGAACCAAGCCAAGCAACCUUGAAAUCACUUAUGAUCAGAACUGAAAGCCAGAAACAGGGGAAGCAAUUUCAUGCUUUGGCCAUUAAGUUUGGUUAUGGUGAUAACAGUAAUAAGGAUGGUUCCAUUGCUAGUAUGCUGAUUAUGAUGUACUCUGAGUACCACUGUUUUGAUGAUGCAAUUCGGCUUUUUAAUGGAGUUCCUUCACCCGAUUUGGUUCUGUGGACCUCAAUUAUAUCUGGCUUUUCUCGGAGUGGCAAAAGCCAAGAGGCAUUAAAAUUUUAUGCUCUCAUGUGGGAAGAACUAGAUGAGUACCCAAACAAUUAUACAUUCUCUAGUGUCCUGCGCUCAUGCUCGGGUCUAGCUGCAGUUGAAGAAGGAAAGCAGAUUCACUGCCAGAUUAUCAAGUUAAGUUCUGAUAUAGGUUCUGCUGAAUUUGUUAGUAGUAGCUUGUUAGAGAUGUAUGCAAAGUCUGGGUACAUUGAAGAAGCAAAAAAACUCUUCAACAAGACUUUACAACGAGACAUAGCAACAUGGAAUUCCAUGAUCACGAACCUAGCACAACAUGGGGAUGCUGCAAGUGCCCUAGAAAUAUUUGGAGAACUUCUGGAUUUUACUAAUUUGGAGCCUAACCAUAUCACCUUCAUAGGAGUUCUCUCAGCCUGCAACCACAAAGGCCUGGUAGAAGAGGGUUAUCAAUAUUUCAAAAUGAUCAAGGAUCCCACAAUUGAUCACUACACUUGUUUGAUUGACCUCCUUGGACGGGCUGGGCGUGUAGCUGAAGCAUUAAGUGUGAUAGAACAAAUGCCAUUUGAUCCGAAUGAAAUAAUAUGGUCGUCAUUACUUGCAGCUAGUGCACUUCAUGGAAACGUUGACCUAGGAGAAUAUUCAGCUAACCACUUGUUGCAGUUAAAUCCAAAAGAUUCUGGAACCUAUGUUGCUCUGUCAAAUAUUUAUGCUGCAGCAGGUAGAUGGAAUGAUGUAGAUUUGGUAAGGAAGAUAAUGAAAGCUCAAGGUGUAAAGAAAAAUCCAGGGCAAAGUUUUUUAACUGUAAAUAGAUUGAGCCGUACUUUCCUUGCAGCAGAAGGUUGAAUGUAAAUAAUGUAAGUUGGUGUAAGAUUUGAGAGCAAAGAAGAUUCAAUUAUACUGAUAUACAGAUACAAGACGAUUAAACAAAGCAUCCUUCAGGACUUCCUAUACUGAUGAAGCAAAGAAGGAUGUUGGAUGUCUAUAAAGUGUAGUAGUAUGGUGUAGACAUGAAAAACUAAACUCUGGGAUCAACACAUUUAGGAAUUAUGACUGAUGGCGAUUGGUAUGCAGGCCUCAUUGGUCGUAAUCCGGACUAACAAAUCUUUGACGGUGGUUUCAUUGGCUUGAGAUAGGUUUUCUAAGGAUUCAUGUCGGCUACCUGAUUUACAAAUGAAUGUAUGACUCGCACAGUCAUGGAAGCUCUACAAGGAUCCAUUUUGUUCUGCUCUGCAACUCAUUGUUACACUUUCAUUCUCUUUCUUGGAAGUUGGUGUUUCAGGAGAUGCCCCAGAACUCUGAUGUGCAUCAGCAGAGACUGAAGCAACGUGAGAAUUAGAUAACUCAUCAGCCAAACGAUUCUUUUUUUCCAUUGAAUCGUUCGAGU